AUGGCUUUUCUUUCAUCACUUGUUUCAGUUCGGGUCGUGUUUUAUGUGUUGCGGUUGUUGGUUGUGUGGGCUAUUCGCAAAGGAAAAUUCACAUCUCCGAAUUCAGUAUUACCUCAUGGCUUGCAAAUGUUAGACACACCUGCAUUAACAAGCGAGAAAGAUGAAAUUAAACGAACAUCCAUUCAAGCGCUUGAAAAAUUGGCCGGAUUAAAUAUUAAUUCGAAUGAUCCUAGCCACACAACAUUGUUGGUGGAAGAAAUCUUUCCAAAGCAAAAGACGAUUUUAAAAUCGUCACAAUUGAAAUGCAAAAAGUGUGGAUAUGAUCAAUUACACAAAGGACAAGUUCGUGAGUCUGGAGGACUACUUUCCAAGCUAUUUAAUAUUCAAAAUAGGAUGUUUAUUACUAUUACCUGCUCAAGAUGCAGUUUCACAGAAUAUUACGAAACCUCUCAAAGUGUCGUCUCUGAUGUUGUGGAAAUGAUGUUAAAAUAA